ACGACUCCGCCUUUGCUGAGGAUGACGCGCGUUAUUAAUAUUCAUUAUUGUGAGGCAUAUUUUUUUAUGUUUGGUAAUCAAAUUGACAUCGGCUGGUCUUACUUACAUGUAAUGGUUUUCUUGUGCGAACAAAGAAACGUCUCUCACUGUCUGGCUUAAUAAGUUCAAGAUCCAAAUCAGUCGCCCUCGCAUCAACAGAGAAGUCAUAAACUUGAAAGAAGAAGAAAAGCAAAUAAUUAAUAACUCUGACAAGAGGGAGAGAGAAAAUAGGAGGAAUAGACAGCAAAAUGACUUCAGACAGCUUCGACUUCAUCAUCAUUGGCGGUGGCACAGCUGGAUCAGCACUUGCGUCGCGGCUUCAAGAGGGGAACCCAUCCCUCUCAAUCUUGAUAAUCGAAGCUGGGCCAGAUGUCAGUAGCCGUGCUGACGUACUUGACGGCACGCAAUGGGGUCGCUUACUAGGAACGGAUCUUGAUUGGGGCUAUUUGACAGAGCCACAGACUCAUCUGAAUGGUCGCGUUCUUCCGAACUUCGCUGGCAAGGCUCUUGGUGGGAGCUCGGCUAUUAAUGCAGGUGGCUGGACACGCGGCGAAAAAGAAAACUACGAUAAAUGGGCACAACUAGUCAACGAUCCCAGAUGGAGCUAUGAUGGAUUACUGCCUUAUUUCCAGAAAGUCGAAACAUACUUUGAUCCAAAUGGAAACCCGGCUAUUCAUGGAUUCAAUGGGCCUAUCAAGAUGCAACCAGCGGUUGACCGACAGUAUCCAUUGCGUGAACAGGUCAAGAAGGCCUGGGCUGCUGUCGGAGUUUCAUAUAAGGAAGAUAUGAACGAUGGCAGUCCCAUUGGACUAGGGGAGUUAAUCGAAAACCGAGUCGACGGGGCGCGCCAGAUUGCGUCUUCCGUCUAUGACCUGAAAAAUGUUAAGAUCUUAACUAAAACCUUGGUGAACAGAGUGCUUAUCACAGAUAAAGACGGCCACAAGACGGCUACUGCUGUAGAGUUAGCACCUGGGGAUAACCACGGCGAUGCAAGUUCACGAAUCAUUACUGCUCAUCACGAAAUAAUUAUCUCGGCAGGGACUUAUCGUUCACCUCAGAUCUUGAUGCUUUCUGGUCUUGGCCCUAAAGACGAACUGCAGAACCAUGGCAUCGAAACCGUACUUGACCUGCCUGACGUCGGACGCCAUUUCCAGGAUCAUUGCAGCGUAAAUCAGUGGUGGAAGCUUAAAGAACCUGAAAAGGGGCUAUCAGUCGGAUCUCCUGGUUUCAGCAAUCCUAGCUACUUCAAAGGGCUUCCCUUGGACUUUGUAGCAACUCAAUCAGUACCAAAGGAGGGUCUUUUGAAAGCACUAUCUGAUGACAAUGAAGCUAACCCGGAACUUCAUGCGCUGGCAACACAGCACGGCCAUCUCGAAUUUUAUAUUAUGUAUCUAGCGCGUAAUCCGGAAAAUCCAGUGGUUGUUCCCGACGGCACCCAUCUUACAACGUCUACCAUCUGCAUCUUACCAACUUCUAGAGGUUCUAUUCGAUUGAAAGAUGCAAAUCCUGAGAGUGCACCCUUGAUAGAUCCGAACUAUCUAGCGACGGAAACAGAUCGGUAUGUCAUCAGAGAGGGCCUGCGAAAGAUACACAAAGUGCUUCGAGAGACAGAGGCUGGCCAGGAGAUUGUUGCAAGUGAAGCUGUUGAGGAUGGUGGUCGACAAGUUUCUUCAGACUCCAGUGAUGAAGAACUCGACGAUCUAAUCCGCCGACGUCUAGGGACAAUGUUCCAUCCAGCAGGCAGUGUAUCCAUGGGUAAAGUCGUGGAUAGCGAACUGCGUGUUAAAGGUGUAGACAAGCUCCGUGUUGUGGAUGCCAGUGUUAUGCCACUGCCAAUUGCCGGUCAUAUUCAGAACUGCGUCUAUGCUAUCGCAGAACAAGCCGCAGAUAUUAUUCUGGCGUCUUUGUGAAAUUAGAAUUUCUCCUGGACUGCAAGAAGAGGUGGUGUGCCAAACGUGUGUGCUGAGUGGCUUGUGAGUCCGAGCAUUUGCUCUAGCUGUAUAGGUAUGUAGGAAAUAGCCAUCUUUGUUAGGUUGGCUUAACUCUCAAUAAGACUGGGUGAAAAUGGACUUAUACUUAAUGUGUUUGGAAAAGAUCAAUUUGUAAUAAUUCCACGUGGAUUACUCCGCGAAUGUUCAUUUGGUUCGGAACAAGUCUUGUGAUCAUACGUUUAAUUCGAAACGAGGGAAAGCUACUCGGACGAAUAGUUAGUUUUUCUUUUCCUUU